AUGGAGCUGAGGGUCGGGAACAGGUACUGGCUGGGCAUUAAGAUCGGCAGCGGCUCCUUCGGAGCCACCUAUCUCAGUACGGAUAUUGCUGCAGGAGAAGAAGUUGCCGUCAAGCUUGAAUGUGUCAAAACCAAGCAUCCUCAGCUCCACAUUGAGAGCAAGAUCUACAAAAUGAUGCAGGGAGGAGUGAGCAUCCCCACCAUCAGAUGGUGUGGGGCUGAGUGGGACUACAAUGUCAUGGUAAUGGAGCUACUGGGACCGAGCCUAGAAGACCUCUUCAACUUCUGUUCAAGGAAGUUUAGUCUGCAAACUGUCCUGUUGCUUGCUGACCAAAUGAUAAGUCGUAUUGAGUACAUUCAUUCGAAGAAUUUCAUUCAUCGAGAAGUGAAGCCAGAUAACUUCCUCAUGGGGCUGGGAAAGAAAGGCAACCUGGUCUACAUCAUUGACUUUGGUCUGGCCAAGAAGUACCAGGAUGCCUGCACCCACCGGCAUAUCCCCUAUCGAGAGAACAAGAAUCUCACAGGUACGGCACGCUAUGCCUCCAUCAACACACAUCUUGGAAUUGAACAAUCUCGAAGGGAUGACUUGGAGUCUCUGGGGUACGUGCUGAUGUACUUCAACCUGGGCUCUCUCCCCUGGCAGGGGCUGAAGGCCGCCACCAAGAGGCAGAAGUAUGAGAGGAUCAGUGAGAAGAAGAUAUCCACCCCCAUUUCAAUGCUGUGCAAGAGCUAUCCUUCUGAAUUUGCCACGUACCUAAAUUUCUGCCGUUCUUUACGUUUUGAUGACAAACCUGACUACUCCUACCUGAGACAGCUCUUCAGAAAUCUGUCCCAUCGCCAGGGCUACUCCUACGACUAUGUGUUCAACUGGAACAUGCUCAAAUUUGGUGCCAGCCGAGCUGCAGACGAUGCUGAGCAGGAACGCCGGGACCUAGAGGAGCGCUUAGACAGACACUCCCGGAAUCCAGCCACCCAUGGCCUCUCUUCUACAGCUUCCGGCCGUCUGCGGGGAACCCAGGAAGUGGCUCCCUCAACGCCCCUUACCCUUACCUCACACAGGGCCAACACCUCUCCUAGGCCCGUCUCUGGCAUGGAACGAGAACGGAAAGUGAGCAUGGGGCUGCACCGUGGGACACCAGUCAACGUUACCUCCUCUGAUCUCACGACAAGACAAGAUACCUCUCGCAUGUCCACCUCACAGAUUCCCGGUUGGGUGGCUUCCAGUGGUCUUCAGUCUGUCGUGCACCGAUGA